UAGAUAUUUUGUCAGGUUUAAAAAAUCGGAAUCUGGAAUAUCAAUAGCAGGUGGGACUGGGCGAGAUUAACUGCUUUACCUGCUAUCUAAAAAAGAAUAACUGGUAGGCUACAGUGCUACUUCCUAAAGGUAAGUUCCUCUUCAAGUUCUGAAUCUUACCUUACUCUUUUGUGUUGUUUGUUUAGUUAUUCUUUCUGCACUGUGAUUCAAUGCACUCUUUCCAUUAUCGUUUAUAUUAUAAUAUUUGUGUAGGCUUAUAAACAAUUUCAGUCUCUAAAGUAUUGCAGGAUUUUUAUAUUUAUAGAUUUAUGUAGUUGCCUGUCUGAUAAACAUGACGCCAGAUAGCCUACUGUCUCACACUACCGAAAAAUUUACUGGAAAUUCCAACAGGAAGCGAGCCAUUUAGGGGACUUGCAGUGCGAGUAGUGGAAAUGGGGCGGGACUAAUCCUUUAUAAAAGCCAUGAUACCCAUGUCCUGCCAUUCAAGCUAAAAUGUUUGGACUACAGUACAUCUGGGACAGCAUUCUGCAGUACGAGGCCGUGCUUAGGUCUCCAUAUUUCCCAGUUUUCUUCUCUAUUACAGUCUACCUAAGCUUCUGCCUGCCAUUUGUUGCUCUGGAUGCCCUGUCAUCAAGGGUAUCAUGGAUAAGGAGAUACAAAAUUCAACAGAAGACCAGCGUAUCUUGGAAGAUGAUGUGGAGCUGCCUGGCACUCUCCCUCUACAACCAUGCCGUGUACAUCUUCCCACUGAGUGUCCUGCACUGGUACUGGAGACCUGUCAGCUACCCAGUGAUGGCACCAGGGCUUCUGCGAGUCAUCUGGGACCUUGCUGCCUGCCUGCUUCUCUUUGACUUCCAGUACUUUGUAUGGCAUCUUCUGCAUCACAAAGUACCCUGGCUGUACCGCACUUUCCAUAAGGUGCAUCACAAAUACACGUCCACCUUCGCUCUGGCCACUGAGUAUUCAGGGGCGUGGGAGACUCUGUCUUUGGGUUUCUUCGCUGCAGUGAAUCCCAUGUUACUGGGGGUUCAUCCUAUGACAGAGAUGCUUUUCCAUAUCCUGAACAUGUGGCUGUCAGUUGAGGACCACUGUGGCUAUGACCUGCCAUGGGCGACACACAGACUGGUGCCUUUUGGUCUGUACGGAGGAGCUCCGCACCAUGAUGUCCACCAUCAGAAGUUCAAGUCCAACUAUGCUCCAUACUUCACUCACUGGGACAAGCUCUUUGGGACACUGCACUCUGAAUGAACUGAGCAACAGGAACAAACUACAUGAACUGAUUUCGUCUGUCUUUUUUGUAAAAAGUGCAUAACCAUUCCAUGAAUGAAUGCAUAAGACUCUAAAACUUUUUUUAAAGUUGCUUUAUAAUUCAUGUGUGUUAAAUGAAUGUACUCAUUUAUUUAUUUAAUGUCUGUAUUUAAGUGUGAAUGUAGCCUAAGAAAAAUGAUCAGAGAUGUGACAAUGUUAUGUCUAAGGAUUGUGUGAGAUACAUAUGUUAACCUUAAUCUAAUAUAUUUAUAUUUAUUUGUAAGACAGUUUUGAUACUGAAUGUUUGAAACUGGAACAUGAAGAACAAAUCUAACAAAACUGAUGGCAAUAAAGCUGUGAAGUAAAUACUA